AUUAAAGUACAAUGUGCAAAAAGAACAGAAUAUACAUGUGGAAUAUUUCAUGUAGGACAGGACAGUAAUGGUAAAAAACAGGAAGCUAUGGACAGUCAGCAUCUUUAGCUGAGCACUAGCCGUUUAUGUUUCAUUCAUAACUCCCUCUCUUUCCUUUUCUGGCAGCUGAGAGAAACUAGCGACAGAAGAAAGAGAACCAUUUGAUGGAAGAAAAGCGAAAGAAAAAACAAGAAGAAAAGACCAAGACGGACGUCGCUCAGAAAAAGGCCGCUGAUCAGAAACCCAAAGUGCCGGAGCCUGCUCCCACUAAGCCCAGCCCCGGCCCGCCCCACCAACUCCACCCGGCCAGCCCUACGCUGACCCUCUCCUCCUCCUCCUCCUCCUCUUCUUCUGGCAAUGGCAAGCGCGCCUCCUGCAGUGGCCAACUCCCAACCCAGACUCCUCCUCUGCAGCAGUGCCAGUUGUCGUCUGCCAGUGCUCGCUACCCGCCCAGAGAGGUGCCCCCGCGCUUCCGCCAGCAGGAGCACAAGCAGCUACUAAAGAGAGGCCAGCCGCUGCCCGCGGGAGCCCUCGGCGCUCUCACCCUCUCCUGUUUGUCUUCUUCCUCCUCCUCCUCUUCUUCGACGAGUGCCAGCAGCACGUCCCCAAACUCUGCCGCGUCCGCUGCGGGCAACCUCCACCCAGACACAUCCCUCCAGAGUGGCUCCUUUGCCCACUAUGAGACCUCUCAUUGGGGAGACUCUUUGCCAGUGGACAGCCCGUCCGGCGCCAGCAGCUGGGACCGAGUGAUUACUGACCGAAGUAACGCAGACGUUUGGCCCACCAUCGGCCACAGCACUCCCCCCUGCCACCCCGCAGAACCAGAAUGCUCCUUGGGCUCAGCUAGCUCUUACACGGACAAGAGUGCUGUCACUACCACCAGUGGUAAUAGUUUCAUGAGUAUGGCCACAGGUGCCGCAGGGCAGCAGGCCCACUAUUCCUCUCUUAAAGCCAACAAUAACAUGAUGACGGGACCUGGGUCAGCCAACACAUGCAGUAGCAGAGGCUGGGGCUCGGAUGGCAAACAAGAUGCUAUGAAUGGUGGGCGAGUAGGGGGACCCAAUAACUGGGGCUCCACCAACUUUAACUUGAACCUCAAUCCCAAUGCCAACCCAUCAGCUUGGCCAGUUCUGGGCCAUGAGGGUGGUGGAAGUUGUAGUAUUGGCCCUAAUGCGGUGUCAAACUCCUCAUCCCUCCCACCAGGUAUUAAUUGCAAUGGAAACAUGGGAAAUGGGAGCCUGGGGGAAAAUGACGGGGGAGGUUGGGUUGGCAUGAUGAGUGCUAAUGAAAAUGAUCAACAGCACCCUUCAACUAACACAAGCAUGUCCUUCAAAAUGGAACCUUCUAACCUUAACAAUGAUGGACCAAACCACACUAAGCAGCAGCAACAAGCUCAGGAGCCUAUGAGCCCUAUCCAUGGGAUUACUGGCUGGGGAGGCCAGUCCCCCACUGAAUCAUCCCAGCUCAAUGGGGACACAACAGGCAGCUCUGUAUGGGGUAGUGGAGAAACCAAGGCAGCUAACUCUCCCAAGGAAUCUGGCUGGGACUCUGCUCCCUCUGGAGGCCUUUCUGCCUGGGGCCGGCAAGGCAGUGGUGGUGGGAGCAAUGGAAGCGGUGGCUGGGGCGACUGGGGCAAGUCCUCUGGCGGCGGCGAUGCACCUAAAGGCUGGGAGUCGGCAGAUGCCGGUAGCUCUGGUUCAGGCCAAGAGCAACAGCUGGGCUCAUGGGGCCAGCAGCCCAGAACAGCCCCGGCUAGCGACGCAAGUGGCGACAGCAACGAAAGUCAAUCUGCCCGCAGAGACAGGUCCUCCAGCACAGAUUGUACCCCUGUGCUGCCUCGACAGGACCUGGACCCUCGGGUGCUGAGUAACACGGGUUGGGGUCAGACCCCGAUCCGACAGCACACUGUAUGGGAGAUGGAAGAAGCCAACUCAAUUGAAGGAAAGAGCAAAUGCAGCUCAGCCCCCACAGGAGGGCCCAUCUCCAAUGUUGGACCCUCUUCCAUCAAUGGAGGUACCAUCAACACAAAAAUUGGCCCCAGCCAGAGACCUGGGUCCGGAGAAAAAAAUGACAGCGAAGGAUCGUCAUGCUCUGGCUGGAGAGCCCCUCCACCUCAGCCUACCCAAAGUGGAUCAGGAUGGGGGAACCCCCCACAGUCGCUCAGCAAAGCGCCAAAUGGCACUACCAGUGGCUGGGGCGAAUCUGUGCCGCCCAAUGGUCCCAGAAAUGGAGGCACACCAUCCUGGGGUUCUGAGGAAAAGUCGUCCGGUUGGGACGAUGCACCCGCAAAAAGUCAACCCUCCAAUUGGGGGGAGGGCCCCAAAAGCUCCCAUGGAUGGGGCAACAGCAAUGGCGGCUCCAACGGCCCGAGCAGUGGGGAGUGGGGAGAGACGGAGGUCAAGAAGAACGGAUCGUCCAGCAGCAUGUGGGAAGGAGAAGGAGGUAAUGCAGGAAGUGGUGGCUGGAAGGAAAGCCCGAGGGGAGGAAAUAGAGGAGGAGGCUGGAGUAAGCCCGCCCCUGCUGUGAGUAAUAACAGCUGGGGGGAGAACCCACGUGCCAAUGGCCCAAUGCAGGGGAGCUGGGGCUCUGCCAAGCCUCAGGAAAGCAGCAGCAGCAGCAGCAGCAAUGGCAGCGGAGGAGGUGGAAGCAUGGGUUCAUGGGGCGGUCCUGGAACUGUAAAGCAGAACUCAUCAAACUGGGGAAAUGGCAGCAAACCGGACCAAGGCAUGGAUCCCACUGGCUGGGAAGAGCCCUCCCCUCCCUCUAUCCGCAGGAAGAUGGAGAUUGACGAUGGGACGUCCACCUGGGGCGAUCCCGUCUCCCACAAAAAGACUGUCAACAUGUGGGAUCGCAACAAUCCCAAUAAUAACCCGGGCAACAGCGGCCCACCUCCCAGUAAGAGUGGUGGAGUGAUAAUCCCCAACAAUAACAACCCCAAUCACUCGGUUGGCCCCGGCAACAACAGUCACCAUCACACCCACCACAUGCACCACCACCCCCCUCAUCAUGGCCAGCCCCCAGCUCACCUGCAACACCAUGGAAACAACAAUGGGUCAUCCAACAAUGGCCCCCCGCAUCCAGGUGGCGGCCCCCAGGGCAGAGCUCCGCUCGCCAACCCAGGUUGGGGAGAACUUCCCAAUGUUCAACCCAAGUCUGAGCCUGCUUGGGGAGAGCCGGCGGCUCCAACAGCAUCCGUGGACAACGGCACGUCUGCUUGGGGCAAGUCCACAGGGGGAGCAGGAGGAUGGGGCGACGGGGGGCACGAGUCCUCUGGACCCUAUGGCAGGCCCAACGGCCCCACAAGUUCUUCAGUCUGCAAGCCAGGUCCCAAACCCAUGCAAGACGGCUGGGGAAACGGAGGGGAGGAGAUGAGCAUGAAUACAGGCCAAUGGGACGCCGAGGACGGGGACAUGUGGAACAGCCCCACGUCCCAGGAGAGCAGCUCUUCCUGCAACUCCUGGGGCAAUGGACCCAAGAAGGGCCUGAGCAAGGGCAAGAUGGGCAAGCCAGAUGAAACUUGGAUCAUGAACCGUCUCAUCAAACAGCUCACUGACAUGGGCUUUCCGAGAGACCCUGCUGAGGAGGCUCUGAAGAGCAACAACAUGAACCUUGACCAGGCCAUGAGCGCCCUGUUGGAGAAGAAGACGGACCUGGACAAGCGGGGCAUGGGCAUGUCCGACUACAGCAACGGCAUGAACAAGCCCAUGGUGUGUCGGCCCUCUGCACUCUCCAAAGACACCUCCGAACGCACUUCCUUUCUUGACAAGGAUGGUGUUCUGUCAGAUGAUGCCCCCCCAUCACCGUUUCUGCCUUCCCCCAGCCUGAAGCUCCCCCUGGCCAACAGUAGCCUUCCUGGGCAGGGUCUGGGGCAGGGCAACCCGGGGCUGGCCAUGCAAAACUUGAACAACAGACAGAUACCCAGUGGAAUGUUUGGCAGUAGUGGAGCAGCACAAACCCGGGCGAUGCUGCAGCAGCAGCAGCAGCAGCAGCAGCAGCCUCAGCCACCAGUGCCACCUCUCAGCUCCUCCCAGCCUAGUCUACGUGCUCAAGUGCCUCAGUUUCUCUCCCCUCAGGUCCAAGCACAGCUCUUGCAGUUUGCAGCAAAAAACAUUGGUCUGAACCCUGCACUUUUAACCUCACCAAUAAACCCUCAACAAAUGACCCUGUUGUACCAACUUCAGCAACUGCAGAUGGCGUACCAGCGUUUACAAAUCCAGCAGCAGAUGAUGCAGGCGCAACGCAAUGUUUCCGGCCCCAUUAGACAACAAGAGCAGCAAGUUGCACGUACAAUCACCAACAUGCAGCAGCAGAUCCAGCAGCACCAGCGUCAGCUGUACCAAGCGCUGCUGAUGAAGCAGCAGCAACUUCCCUCUCACUCCUCCUCCUCCUCCUCCUCCGCCGCUGGUCUGCAUGCCCCUGGUGGCCCCUCCGGAGGCCACGGCUCCGGCAAAUCAAGCCACGACCCCUACGCGGGGCCCCACCACGCUCCGGGCCUCGCCGACACACUGCACACCAAAGAGCCGCUGUCUUCGCCCAACGCCUACAGCUCUUACUCCCUCUCUGGACUGAAUACAAACAUGAAUGUAAACUGCAUGGAGGUUGGGGGUUUGUCCCUGAAGGAGCCCCCCCAGCCCCAAUCCCGCCUGUCCCAGUGGACGCACUCUAACUCCAUGGACGGCCUCUCUGGCAACUCCUCAAACAUGGAAAACAACCACAAUAAGCACGGUGCCAUAUCUGCUGCCUCUUCCCUGGGCCCCCCUGGGAAACCCCCCCAUCUGGAGGACUCCUACAGCCCUUACAAUCUAAUGUCCAGCUCUGAGUCCCCCACCAGCCCCAUGGUGUCCCAAGAAAGCUGGGGCCAGGGCAAGAGCCCCAAUGAAAAGAUCUCCAAUGGGACCAACAUUAACUGGCCCCCCGAGUUCUGCCCGGGCGUGCCAUGGAAGGGCCUUCAGAACAUCGACCCGGAGAAUGACCCCAACAUGACUCCUGGCAGCGUCCCCAACGGCCCCACCAUCAACACCAACAUCCACGAUGUCAACCGCUACUUGCUGCGGGACAGGAACGGAGCAACCCCCCCAGCGCCGCCUCUUCAGAAUGACCCCGUGCCUCCCACCAGCAGCGACUGGCCAGUCAGUGGCUACUCUAGCUCCUUUCAGUCUCUUUUGUCCUCUGAUGGAGACGGCUCAGGCAAGCUGUCUGAGAUGAAGUCCACCUGGUCCCAAGGGACCAUCUCCCAGGGCCAAGCCUCCUUGUCCCACGAGCUGUGGAAAGUCCCUCAGGGGCCGCGCAGCAACGCGGCCCCUUCGCGGCCCCCGCCAGGCCUCACCAACAGCAAGCCCUCCUCCACCUGGGGAGGCAACUCUCUGGGCCUGGGCCAAGGCUGGAGCGGCUCCUACGCCUCUGAGGGAACCACCUGGAGUACUGACAGCUCCAACAGGACCAGCAGCUGGCUGGUGCUGAGGAAUCUCACCCCACAAAUUGACGGUUCGACUCUGCGGACCCUGUGCAUGCAGCACGGACCCCUGGUCACAUUCCACCUCAACCUGACGCAGGGGAACGCCGUGGUGCGCUACAGCUCCAAAGACGAGGCCGCAAAGGCCCAGAAGUCUCUGCACAUGUGUGUGCUUGGAAACACCACCAUCUUGGCGGAGUUCGCCGGCGAGGAGGAGGUGAACCGCUUCUUUGCACAAGGCCAGUCCCUGGCGAACAACACCACCAGCUGGCAGGCCAACCCAGGAACUAAUCAAAACCGUAUGGGCGGGGCGACACAGUCCCACCCCAUUGGCCAGUGGAGCGGCGGCGGUGGCGGCGGGUGCAAGUCCGGCGGAGGCGACCUGCUGUGGGGCGGGAUGCCCCAUUACUCCAGCCUGUGGGGGCCGCCAGGCGGCGGCGACGACGGCCGUGUGAUCGGGAGCCCCACCCCCAUUAACACCCUGCUGCCUGGAGAUCUGCUGAGUGGAGAGUCCAUGUAGGACGACACACCAACCAACCAACCAACCACCCAGCCGCCCACCACCAUGUCACGUAAGCCAUUGGUGGUGGGUGGUUUAAAAAAAAAAAAAAAAAAAAAAAAAAAAAAAAAAAUCAAUAUGAACAGGAGCAAAACCCAAGCAAAUCAUGUGGCGAUAAUCAGUAUCAAUUAGAACUGUUUGAACUGUGAAUUGUGAACCAGGAGGCGGGAGUCCCAACCACACAGACUGCUGACUCCGGUCCUGCUGUUUUGCAUCGGUCCGUUUUUCCUUUGGUUUACCUUACCUUUUUUGGUAUUUUCUUUAAAUUGCAUCGUUUAAAACAAACUGAAACGAGACACAAUACAAAGAAACCUUUUGAAGUGUUUUUUAGUUUUUCCAUAAGUAUACAUGACAUUCUGUUUUGAAGACUGUUUUUAGGAGAAGCAAUCAAAGCUGCCAUCUGAGACUUUCCUUUUCCCUCCAAAAAGAAAGAAAAAUCCCCAAAUAAGACUUAAAAUGACCAUUCCCAGCAUGUCCAUGGCCAAUGAUGGGGUUCAAAGACCUUUACUAGUUAUGUUUGUUCCUCAGCACUAAAAUUAGCCUUAAGUGCUCUGUGGCCCAGGUCCUUCCCAAGCAGCCUUUUUCUUUCUUUCUUUUUCUUUGGUAACUCAAGAAAUAGCUGAAAUCUUGCACAGUUUCACCUCUGAACCAUCAGGUGGUCCAGGACACGGCUGUCACUGGGCGGUGAGAAGUCCUGGCCACGUGACUGGUCCCUACCAAUCAUCAGCUCAAUUAUUUUGGUUUUCUCAAAGGGAUUGACACAGCUGUAAAAAUGUUCCUUCUUUUUGUAGGGCUAGACCCAAGCGUGUUUUUUUUUUUUUUUUUUUUAUAUAUAUCUACAAUAUAUAAGCUGAGAGAAGAUUAUCUGUCAACCUCGCUGCGUGUCUCUGGUUCCGUACACGCCUACGUAGGUCCAGUGGCACCCAAUCACUGCAAGCCCAGAUCCUUCUGGUCACCUUCAACCCAGUCGCUUACUGGUGCUUUGUGGAAUUUUCUAUUGUCAGAUUUGUUACGAAGCCCCAGCGGUCUGUAUGGUCGGCCAGAGUAUCGGAGAGAAGAAGAAAACAAACAAGAAAAGAACACAAUUUCACCUUACGUUGUGCAAUAUACACCAUAGACCUUUCCUCCGUCCGCCGCAGCUGGUUUCUUAUUGGUUUUAUCUCGGCUGGUGCCGAUCGCAGCAAAAGACAUUUGGAACUUCACAGACCGUGCACCCUUUUCAAAACCAACUUGGAUUCCCUCCAGGCCGCCAAUCCCCCCGCCCCCCCCCCCCCCCCCCCACCCCCCCUGAAGCUGCUUAUGGAGAACUCUGCAAAGAGGAAGAAGCUGCUGUUGAACUGUGCAUGCAGCGAACUGUACUAAGGAGUGACACAAUAAUGCACACUUCCUCUCUGCAUGACACGCAGCAGAGACUGAAUCCGCAGCGGGAUUGGACGGGUCGGGGGUACCUGGCACAAUACCAAAUAAGAGGGGUUUCUCCUAAUGCAGUAGACCUUCGAGUGUUCCUUGCGUUUGGUACUGUACAAAACAGAAGAGACUAAGACUUUUAUAAAUUCAAAGGGUUUUAUCAUAGCACUUAUGAAGAGCGAAUCGCUUUCAACUGCAAUCCAACGAAUCGAAGAAGACAAAAACAAAGGAGCGGCAUAAACA